AUGUUGCCUCUCCUGCUGCUGUCCGUCUUCGGCCUGGCUCGGGGUAUGAGCUCCGUUCUUGUCGGCGCAGGCAGCGAUUGCCGCAUUGCCAUGUCUUCCGACGGUACCAAGAUGGUUGCCGGAUUAGAUGGCGGCAGUCUUUACACCAGCAUGGACUCGGGUGCAACUUGGACAGAGAGGACCGAGCCCGGCAGCAAGCCCUGGCUGGGUGUGGCCAUGUCUGCUGACGGGUCUAAGAUUUCAACCGCUCCGCGUUCUUCGAACUUUUGGAUCAGCGACAACGGCGGCGAGAAUUGGACGGAGAUCUCCUCGCGUGGCGCGUGGACAGCUACCGCAAUGUCGGAUGAUGGCUCCGUCAUCGUCGUGACAUCGAGUGAUGCCGAAAUUUCAACAAGCGCGGACGGUGGCCAGAAUUGGGUUGAGGAAACCGGCAUCGCGAGGACAGCCACUGGCUCCUACCUUGUGGCGACGGCCCCCUUCUCCAGCUCAUAUUCGAAUGGAGGCGUGUACACCAGCGCGGAUUCUGGCGCGACCUGGGUGGAGUCGACGGCCCCAAAUUCGGGAAGCCAAAAUGGUGACAUUGCCCUGUCGGCCGAUGGCAUGAUUCAGGUCCUUGUUGUGAAGAGUGGCAUGCCGUGGGUGAGCUCCGACAUGGGCGCUACGUGGACCGAGGUCCAACUUGGCAGUUCCGGGCAGUACGGGUGUAAUUCAGCAGCGGUGUCUGACGACGGCUCCAAGAUGUUCGUUUGUUGCAACUUGCAGUCGAGCAGCUUCAAGUAUGCAUGGCUCAGUGGCGAUGGUGGGACCACUUGGGGGACGGACCCCAGCGUCGAGAUCCAACUGGAUGGCUGUCAGUCUGCAUCGCUGACGGCGGAUGGGUCGAUGGGCGCGUUCUCGGGUGGGGCAUCCGGCCAAGCAUAUGUGGUUACAUUUGAUCCAGUGUAUCCGACCACCACUGUGACCACCACCGCCACCGUCACGGCAACCACCACGGUUACGGCCACCGCCACCACCACGCUUACGGACACAAUGACAGCCACGGACACCUCCACGGCCACGGACACCUCCACGGAAACGGUUACGGCCACGGUGACGGUGACAGACACCUCAACGGCCACCACCACUGGCACCGUCACCUCCGCCGCCGACACGACCGACCCGACCGACGAGACCACAACCACGAUGGCACCGGUCCCCACUGUCGUUGAAGUUUCCGUUGAGCUCACGGUGGACGACCCCACCGUGAUUACCGAGAAUGAGACGUUGAAGGAUGCCAUGGUUGACGGCUUUGCGAGCGCAAUGGGAGUGGAUCCGUCGCAGGUGACGGUGGAGUUUGUGGAGGUCAACGCAUCGCGACGCCUCGGCGCAAGGAGGCUCUCUACCACGCUCGUGGCCAUCUUCAAGGUGACCCUCCCCAGCGCGGAAGCAGCCGAGGAAACGAAGGCCGCGAUCGAGCAGGUCUCCGUGACCGACACCAACACGGCCAUCGCCCAGGCGGUCGCGGACGUGGGCUACACCGGCACGGUGGAGGUCACCGGCAAGACGGCGACAGUUGUCACCACCACCAGCACAAGCGGCGGGUUGAACGAUGCUGCCGAUGACGCGACUUCGAAGGUGGUGACCACGGCCUUGUUGGCAGUCAGCCUCUCU